AUGGCAUCAAAGCCGAGAUGCCCGUAUUCUGCCUGCAACUCAUUCUCGGCAAAUACUUUACAAGAUUACCAAACCUUGCAGCUGGGCCAGCUUAGAGCUGUACAUCCUCAUUGGGACGAGAUAUGUGGACAGCUCUUGAACAGUGGCUACUACAGACUGCUGGAAAGGUCAGAUCAAAUGCUAAUGGCACUACAACGGAAGCUGCCUGCCGAUCCUAGCCUUCAUUUCCCAACCAGUAUCCUUACAAAUAUCCAAGUGCACAUUUUGAACUCUGUUGAUAUUAUGAGAGCUGUGCUUGAUGAAGGAGUAUGUUGCUUCCCAUACGGGGCUAUACUGGAUAAAACAAACACUCUUCUCGAUCAGAUCGAGUUUAUGGUGAGGGGCGGAGAUUAUGAGGUUUGUUCAAUGCUUUAA